AUGGAUCCUAAAGUCAACAAUACAGAGCUCUCUGAUGCAGAUGAAGAGAAGACUCAACAAGGUCCUACUCGUGAGAAGGUUGUAGCCUAUUCAGUGGGAUUAACUGAUGAUGAAGAUGAUGAUAUGCCAUAUGUUGUCCGUUCAUACGGGUUCUUCAGAGGGCUUGUAACAACCAUUUUCCCGGACAGCCAAGUGCCGGUAUGGUUCGCUAUCAAUGCAGGGGUUAUACUCCUGUACGCAUUGUUCAAUUUCAACGCUUACACUAUCGCUUUCGAGAGCCAGAUUAAAGCGUCAGAAUCAGAACCUAUCAACUACAGCAUCAAUGUAAUAUGGUGUCUCCUGUUUAUAUUAAUGGGAAAUCUGCUCAUGUAUUUUUGCGCCAUGAUUGUCAGGUUCAUACUACUCAAAGCUAUUGUUAACUUACGACUGUCGAGAAAUGCAUAUGUAUUCGCUGUGAUCAGCAUGCUUGACCCGUCAUUAUUCUAUUUGCUGUGGUCGGCUACACAAUCGUUUGUUUGGCAGAUUUUCGUCUCAAGACUCAAAGGUAGCUCUAACCUAUUCUGUAUAGAGGCAGAAUUAUUUUCUGGAUACGUCAAGAACCACCUAAUAUUUAGAGAAGAUGCACUUGUGUGGAUAUCAUGCGCCGUACAGUUGAACCUUAUACUGGCCAUGAGAAGCGUCGCUUUGUCGAUAAUAUCGUUUACAUUCGAACUCAACCUGCUGGUGACAUCUAACGAGGCGCUCAAAAGGUACUUAAGACUAUACGCCAAUAUUAGGAAGUUCAAUAUUGAUUGGCUGGAGCUUGUUAUUACACGACCUGAGCUCGUACGCAGAAUUAAAAAGGCAUUCUCUAGCAAAAAUGUUAGGGGACCACUGUCACCAGUGCUGGAGAGUUGUGUGACCCAAACGUCAGAUUUCCACACUACAUACGCACUAAGAAUACUGAAUGAAGCGCACGACACGGAAUAUAUGCAAUAUUUCAAAACAAAGGAAGAUCUUAGUGUACCUUCAGAUUCGGCAGAUGCAUUGGUAGAACAAUCAUCAGCUUCAGCAUUCUCAAACUGGCUGCUCAUAUACUAUGUUGUGCGUGUACCACCAGUAAUAUCGCUGCUACGUCAAGAUAUUGCACUCAGGGUACGUGAUGUGAUACCACGCUGUGCGUCAAUGCUAUUCGAACAAAUGUAUUUCACACUUAUCAAAGCUAAUCAAGAGAUACAAAUACAACAAGUAUUGCGGCAAAUCGAACCUAAAAAGGCUACACCAGAACCGGAACAAUCUGAAACAGAGCAACCUGAUACCGAGCAACUUGAAAAGGAUGAAACUGAGACAGAGCAAGAGACUAAUUUUGAUGACAAAUCAUGGGGACGUGCUGAUACUCGCCAUAACUCCAAUGACGAUAGCAAUGCUAAUGGUACCAAUGAGCCACCAGUAGCAGACAGUGUAACUGUGGAGUUCCCUUCAGACGUUGAAGGUAACGGUGGUGAUGUUGAUGGCCAAACUACAGGGCCAGAACAGGAUGUUGAAAACGCAUACGCAGCUGGUGAGCCUGUAGCUGCGCAGAAAAUGGAUGAUGACACGGCGAUUGAUGUGACUACCGAAGAUAACACCGCAACUGAUAGCAGUGGGAAUCACCCACCCACAGUUCGUGUCUCAGAAGCUCAAUCGCAGCCAUCAGGAGGACGAAACUCAUCGAGUUAUGCCGCUGGAACCAAGCAGAACACUAGGGUGAGGAACCAUCGUGUUAUAUCAAUGUUGAAUCUGCAUCAAUUUAGGAACACUUUGGUAGAGUGCCAGAAAGAAGGGGAAACCCAACCUGCUGAAGAUAUCGAACCUAUAGUUACACCAGAUUAUCAUUUUGAUACUUGCAAAGGUGAUGAUAAACGAUACCUAUCUGCGGAACAGAUGAAAGCGUUCCUGAUGCCGGAAGAGUUUGAUACUAUCAUGAGUCUCCUCGAUCUUUCUGGCCAUGGUAAAAUCAACAUCUCCAUGUUACAGCAGACCCUAUUCAACCUGUAUUCUGCUCGUAAGAAGUUUAAGAAUAUUAUAAGGGGACAAGAUAGCAUUUUCAAAGUACUGCUACGACUAUUAUCGUUUGGAACAUGGCUAUGCGCAAUAGUGGCCAUGGCAUUCCUGUCCGGUAUCACCGCCGAGGCCAUCGUAGUAUCAGGUGCUGCAUUAUUAUCGGCUUGUACAGUUGCUUUGAGUUAUCUGUAUACUAACUUUAUGACCUCUGUCAUUUUCGUGGCUAUUUCUAACCCUUAUAACGUUGGUGACCGUGUACGACUAAACGAUGGCGAGCCUCUUACAGUUAAGAAGAUCAGGACCUACACCACCGAGUUUGUCACUAUUCUAGGCAAGUCAUUGGUAUUCCAGAAUGCCGUGUUGUCUACCAUGAAGAUCACUAAUGAGAGUCGUGCUGUGCGCGCUACCUUCGAUUACGCCUUCAAGCUCGAUGUCAAGACCACCGAAGAACAGUUAGUGGCUCUAGAGGAUCACCUCGCGGAUAUGUUGAACUCGCGGCCCAACGAUUUCGUCAAGGAUAGCCUUCAGAUUUUCUACGUCGAGGUCAACCCUGGAUAUAGUCUUAAACUCAGCGUAUGGAUCACCUGUGUUGAGAGUUGGGGAAAUUGGCAGCGUAUAUUCCGCCUUAAGGGCGAGGUUAUGGAGGCUACUAUGCGAUACUGCAAGGAGAACGGUAUUGGAUACACGUUACCUACCCAGCCGGUUACAUUCCCGAAACAGCUUUCAUUACGUCAAACUGGAAAGCGGGAGCUUGUUCCACCUGGGAAGCAUUUUUAA